AUGUCUGAAUCACCGCCGCCUCCAUCCUGGAACAUUGGCACUAUGGCCAACAGUGCUAUAAACUUCCUUCGUUUACCAGUUUUGGCAUCAUCUGGUCUAGCUGUCGUUGCCAGCGGAAUCCUCUACUUUAAGCAAAAUGAAGCGAUUUACCCCCGCAGUGUCCCUGCCGAUGCGCGAACCAAUGUGCCGAGUCCCAGUCAAUUCAAAAUCACAGAAUUUGAAGAUCUCCAACUCCCAACUCCGGAUGGAGAAACGCUUCACGCAUACUUCCUACCCCAGCCUACAGGCCGGGUCAAGCGCAACUUGACCAUCAUAAUGUUUCACGGGAAUGCUGGUAACAUUGGCCAUCGAGUUCCUAUCGCCAAAGCGCUUCAGGAUACGUUGAAGUGUAAUGUUAUGUUGCUGGAAUAUCGAGGAUACGGGAAAUCCACCGGUACCCCGGAUGAAGUGGGCCUGAAGAUCGACGCCCAGACCGGCUUGGACUAUCUGCUCCAACGCCCCGAUACGAAAGAUACCAAGCUUGUCGCAUAUGGUCAGAGCUUAGGUGGUUCUGUUGCGAUCAAUCUCGUUAAUACCAACCAAAAUAAGUUCGCUGGACUGAUCUUGGAAAACACUUUCCUUAGUAUUCGCAAGUUGAUUCCUGUACUCGUUCCUCCAGCUCGUUACCUCGCACGUUUCUGCCAUCAGACCUGGCAAAGCGAGGACUGGCUUCCCAAUAUCAAAAGUGUUCCCAUCCUGUUCUUAAGUGGACUCCAGGAUGAACUCGUGCCGCCCUCGCACAUGGCAGGAUUAUUUUCUCUUUGCCAGUCGGAGACUAAGAUCUGGCGCACACUGCCCCACGGCGCUCAUAAUGACUCGGUGGCUGAGCCAGGCUACUUCGACCACAUCCACGGCUUCAUUUCCGAAGAGGUAAUGGAUUAA